AUGCCAUUAGCAUAUACAGCUAGCGGUUCUGAUACAAUACCGCAUUCACAUCAUCAUCAUCAGCAACAACAACAACAACAACAUUCCACUGCUUCAUCAUCAUUAUUAACUACGGUGCAAAAUUCAUCUAAUUCUUACCAAAAUAUCGGUGAAAAAUCAACAACAUCUGUCAUUUAUCACACUCAUCAAUAUCAUCAACAUCAUUCUCAACAACAACAACAACAGCCUUUUUCAACUGCAGCAACCAAGUCAUAUUCCAGUAUAUCUGAUGUUUUAUUAUUAGCAUUACGUCAAAAACCUAGUGCGCGUUUGUUUCGCGCCUUAUUUCAAUAUAUUCCAAUACGUGAUUCACCGAAUGAGAAUCCGCAAUUCGAAUUACCACUUCAAGCCGGAGAGUAUAUAUUGGUACACGGUGAAAUGGAUGAGGAUCAAUUUUAUCAUGGUGAAACAUUAGAUGGUCAAACAGGUUUAGUACCAUCAAAUUACGUGGAACGUAUCCCAAACCAACAACUACUGCUUAACACUUCCCGUGUUCGAUCACCAUCAUUCCCAUUGACUGUACCUCCACAUCUGACACAAAUUCAGCAUGAUUUCUCCACCUCAUCAGCUCAUCCUGGAGCAGCAGGUAUUUCUGCAACUGCGCAAUCAGCAACAACAAUAGCGCCACCACUGCCUGAUUCUGUUUGUCCUUAUCCUCCCGUUGAUAUCGCUAAAGUUACAGUGCAGGAAGUGAAAAUUACCGAUAAUCCACGUGUGCCUUUUCCGCAGGAGUUAACAGUGGAGAAGAAAAUGAGUCGUAGCUGUGUGAUAUCAUGGACUGCGCCUGAUGAUUCAUUAACACCCAUAUCACAGUAUCAUAUUUGCGUUGAUAGCAUUGUUCGUGCCGUAGUACCAGGAUCUUUCAAAUGUAAAGCGUUAAUCGAAGAUAUUGAUUUGUCAAAAUCAAUUAAUCUAUCAGUGCGUGCUGUAACCGAGAAUGGACAUAGUCCAGAUGCUGCAUGUACUAUUUCUUUGGGAAAAGAUGCACCAAUAGCACCGCAACACGUUCGUAUCUGGUCGAUAACACCAAUAUCAGCUUGCGUAUCAUGGUAUCCAAGUGAUAGUAAAGCGGAACAUGUUAUUCUGCUCAAUGCAGUAAAAGUGGGGAUGUGUCCUCCGUCUGUCUUUCAGGUGCAAUUAAACGGUCUUUUACCCUCAACAAUCUAUCGUGUUUCGGUACGCACCAAACAUCCGAAAGCUGUCUUAGAGCAACGACCCGUUGAACGUUGCUGCGAUUUCAAAACGCUGCCAAAAAUCGGUCUUCCGGAUCCACCUUCUAAUGUACAGGUUGAAAUGGGUCCACAACCUGGUACACUUUUGGUUUCCUGGACACCGGUCACUAAUCAACCAUUACCACCGUCUCGUGCCGCUGUACAUUCCUAUCUUGUUUAUGCUGAUGGUCGUAAUAUUGCUCAAGUGCCCAGUGUAAAUGCAGAUCACGUACUUCUCCGAUUGUCCGAUUUUGCGGACGAUCCACCAAUUUUCAUUACUGUUCGAACAAGGACAAAAGAAGGUUCCGUAUCAUCAGAUUCAAACGUUUGCCGUGUCCCACGUGACAUUACAAAUACUAGCGAACUUACAAAUCGUACUACAACAUUUGGUGUACAGUCGAAUUUGGUGCAGAGAAUACCAUCUACCGGUGUACGACCUUCAUUGAUAUCAUCACUUGCUCCAAUCAGUAUUUCUGUUGGACAAACAUCAAUUGCAACAACAAUACCAACAACAAUAACAACAACAGCAACAGCAGCAGCAGCAACAGCAACAGCAACAACAAUAGCACCAACAAUAGCAAUAACAACAACAAUAACAGCACCACCACCACCAAUAACAACAACAGCAAUGACUGAUCUUUUACAAACUUCUCAGGGAAAUCUUGCUACUAUCAAUAAUUUAAUGAAUAAUUCGAUGAUGAUAUCACGUCCAACAUAUGGAAAUCAUCAUAUCACACCUGGUAUACCAGCUAUCAAUAGCUCACUGCUCAAUCUCUCAGGAAAUGGUAAAUUGGGUUACUCUGGUGGUAGUGGUAGUACAUCUGGAAUAAAUUAUAAUGGUUUAUUAAAAAAUUAUCAAACAUCUGGUUUAUUACAUGAGCAAUGGAAAACACCAAAUCAGUAUUACAUAUUUCAUCCGCAUGCAUUACGUCGUGAUUUAACAACGACGGAAGAAAAACCGAGUGUACUCGAGAUGGAGCAUAAUUAUCUUCUCAAACAUCGUAUAUCACCGUGGACAUUAACAUCACAGAAUUCUAGGACUAGAUUUGAACAUUAUUUGCGAAAUCGUGCAGAUGACCGUUCCGGACGUUCGUUAAUUAAUUUUCCCACUCGGACGGGAAAUUUCUUACCAGUUCCGGUUGCGCGAGUGCGCACGGAAGAAUUGUGUAGUACAAGGAGUGAACCGGAUCUUCGACCUAUGGCACUUGAUGACUUCUCCUGCAGAUGGUUUGUGGCUUUAUUUGAUUAUUCUCAUCAUAUGAGUCCAAAUGCAAACGCACAGCAGGAAGAACUUUCAUUUCGAAAGCAUCAGCUAAUUAAGGUUUUUGGUGAUGUUGAUCAAGAUGGUUUUUACACUGGACAGAUUGGUCAUCGUAUCGGACUUGUUCCUUCAAAUAUGGUAAUUGAAAUUGCUAAAGAUGAUUUAAUGCCACCACAAAGACGUCGUUCAGAUGCUGCUACAACUCUGGAACCAUCUUUACGACGAAUGCGCUGGGGUUCAUUAAAGUCAAGAAGUUAUGAUCACGCUGGUGAUCGUCGACCACCACGAAGCAGGAUAAUAACAGUGGAUGGUGAGCAAUAUCCAUCUAUUGAUCGACGUGAUCAUUCGUUACCCAAUAGAUCAGGUGACUAUUUCGGAACAUCAUUCAGGCGUAUACCUGUUGGUGAUUAUCGGUUGCUUUCUGCAAGAAGUGAAUAUGGUGGUAGAGGAGGAAGUGGUGCUGUUGGUGAUGAAUAUGAUAUGUAUCCACCGAACGGAAGACAUACACGUGACUAUUACGGUUAUGCACGUGAUCAUAGAACUCGUGAAAUAACAGCUGAUCGAGAUCGUAGAGAAUAUUAUAUGGAUGAAAGAGAUUUGUCGGAACGUGAAAGAGCUGAUUUUUAUGAAUCUGAAGGACCUCGAGAUCCUCGGGAACGAGACAUGCGUACUUAUCGCGAUGUACGUGAAGGUCGAGACAUGCGAGAUUGCCGUGAUUAUCGAGAUUCAAAAUAUCCGCGUGAAGCAAGUAUGACGAGACGAGAACGGGAUUAUUUGGAGGAACAUGAUGAUCAAAGAAUGCGUGAUUAUAGGGAUUUACGUGAGUACAGGGAUCAACGUGAAGUAGCAGAGUACCGUGAAAUGAGAAAAGAUCGAGAAGUAGAUCAAGGCGUUAGGGAUGCAAGGAAUUACGACAGAAGGUGUGACUAUGGCAGACUUGAAAAAGGUCAUGGAUCAAUGCGGGAAUAUGGAGUUUCAACUGGUACUGCUCAGUCGCAUUACCCAUCUGAGACUAUUGCAACUGCUGAGGAUUCGCGGCAUGGUAGAAUAAAUGGUGGCAUGGUAGUCCGGAAAUUUGUAGCUAAAUUUGAUUAUGACUCACGUGAAUUAAGUCCAAAUGUUGAUGCGGAACAGGUUGAAUUAUCAUUUCAUGCUGGUGAUGUUAUCACUGUAUAUGGGGAAAUGGAUGAAGACGGUUUUUUUAUGGGUGAAUUAAAUGGUGUUCGUGGCUUGGUACCAUCAAAUUUCCUUCAUACUUCAUCACCAAAUUUAUUAUUGCCAACACAAAUGCCACAUCAUCAUCAACAACAACAACAACAGCAAGCCUCUCAAGUAGUGCCUCCAAUUACAGUUCCAAUUUUAGAACAACAGCCAAAACCAAAAGGUGUUGUUUUUCAAGAAAAUGCUAAAAAGUCAUUGCCUGGCCGACAAAGUAGUCAAGUAUCAUCAACAAGUAAAUCUGUUCCACAAGCAUCCAUGAAAUCGAAAACUGGAGCAGCAACUGGUACCCAGAAGACAUUAUCAAAGAAACCAAGUGAAUCCAGCGCUAAAUCCACUCCUAAUGCCAGGAAAACAUCACAAACCGGUAAAAAGGAAGGUGUUGUUAAGGUAAAGUAG